AUACUUCUCGAUACUUCAUUUGUUUUCCUUUCUGUUCUUUUUGUUUCUUGUUCUCUCGAUACCAGGUUCUCCUUCCCUAGUCGCCAAUUGCUUGAGUUCGUGUCGUCCACAAUGGCUGCCCUGGAGAAGUCUGUGAGCUCGAUCCUUACAGGGACUCUGGCCGCCAGCUGCCUCCUUCUCAUCGCCCUGUCGGUACUGGGAGGAGAGGCUGUGCCGGUCAGUUCUCCCUGCAGGCUUGACAAGUCCCGCUUCCAGGAGCCCUAUAUCAUCAAUCGCACCUUCACACUGGCCAAGGAGGCUAGUCUGGCGGAUAACAACACGGAUGUUCGUCUCGUUGGGAACAAACUGUUCCAGGGAAUCAAUAUGAAAGAGCGCUGCUAUCUGUUGAAGCAGGUGCUGAACUUUACUGUUGAAGAAGUGCUGUUCCCCUAUUCUGAUAGAUUCCAGCCCUACAUGCAGGAGGUGCUGCCCUUCCUGGCCAAGCUCAGCAGACAGCUAAGCCAAUGCCAUAUUGAGGGUGAUGACCAGCAUAUCCAGAGAAAUAUGCAAAACCUGAAGGACACAGUGAAAAAGCUUGGAGAAGGUGGAGAGAUCAAAGUAAUUGGAGAGCUGGAUUUGCUGUUUAUAUCCCUGAGAAAUGAGUGCACUUCUCCACAGUAA